CUUGGUGAAAUAAGCCACCACCAGAAGAUUCUGGCAGCAGCUUACCCCUCAUCCCUGGUCAUGCAGGGGGGGGCGACAAAUGAGUGACCCAGGGAUGUAUUCAUGUUGUCAGACCUGGAACUGGGAAGGAAUUGUCUCCCCUAAAAUAAGGACAAUUGAAUUCUACCUCAUGGACGCCCUGGGGCUCCCUCUCUAUUUUGCCAUGAGUGUUCAGGCGUUUAGACUGGUGUGCGCUUCAGAGAAGGAACAUCUCCCCCCUGGGAUCCAGAUUGAAUGCUUGGAGUGCUGUGGACAUGACCUGUACAUUGGCACAAAUGACAGCUGCAUUCACCAUCUCCUGCUAGUAGAAGAAAACAACACUGAAGUGACCGGCCUGCCCAUAGUUCAGCCUUCUGAUCACCUUAACACUAGCUUCACCACCACCCGACAACGACAGAGGCAACUGGGCUUAAAGAAGCCAGUAUGUGAACUGAGAGCGGCCUCCGCCCUGGGACGGUUGCUGGUGCUCUGUGAUAAUACGAUUACAUUGCUGUGCAGUGACUCUCUAGAGCCAGUUGCAGGAUCUAAGAUCCGGGGGGUCCUCAGCUUCACCCUCAAUGAGAAUCCGGUGAGUGGGGAUCCCUUUACUGUGGAGGUUUGUCUGAUCUCUUCGAAGAGACGCACUGUACAGAUCUUCAGCGUGAGUCAAGAGCGCGUACAGCUAGUACGGGAGGUCUCCACCCCAGAGCAGCCAUGUGCAAUUUCAGCAGAUGGACAUUUCCUGUGCCUGGCCCUCAGCAGCCGCUAUGUUACCUUAAACUAUAAUACCGGACAUUGCCAGGAUCUAUUUCCCUAUCCUAGUGAGCUCAAGAGGCCGAUCAUAAAGAGGAUCAGCAGACAGGAGUUUCUUCUGGCUGGACCUGGAGGUUUAGGGAUGUUUGCCACAGUGGCUGGAAUCUCUCAGCGUGCACCAGUUCAUUGGUCAGAGAAUGUUAUUGGGGCAGCAGUGUCCUUUCCCUAUGUGCUGGCAUUGGAUGAAGAGUUUGUCUCGGUGCACAGCAUGCUAGAUCAGCAGCAGAAGCAAAGCCUGCCGUUCAAGGAAGGGAUCAUUCUGCAGGAUUUUGAAGGUAGGGUAAUAGUAGCAACCAGUAAUGGGGUGUAUGUCUUAAUCCCUUUGCCUUUGGAGAAGCAGAUACAGGACCUUUUAUCUAACCAGAGGGUAGAAGAAGCACUUUUACUUGCCAAGGGUGCACGGCAUAAUAUUCCAAAGGAAAAAUUUCAGGUUAUGUAUAGAAGAAUCCUCCAACAGGCUGGGUUUAUACAGUUUGCUCAGCUUCAGUUUUUAGAAGCUAAAGAAUUAUUCAGAACUAGUCACCUUGAUAUCCGGGAACUCAUCUCUCUUUACCCCCUGCUCCUCCCAUCUUCCUCCGCAUUUAUCCGUGUCCAUCCUCCCCUGCAUGAAUAUGCCGAUCUCAAUCAGAUGACAAGAGGAGACCAGGAAAAAGUUGUAAAGUGCAAGCGUUUUCUCAUGUCCUAUUUAAGUGAAAUCCGCAGCACUGAAGUGGCAAAUGGGUAUCAGGAAGAUGUAGACACUGCCUUGCUAAAACUUUAUGCUGAAGCUGAUCACGAGAGCCUGUUGGAUCUUUUGGUCUCAGAUAAUUCCUGUGAAGUGUCAGACAGUGCAGCCUGGUUGGAGAAGCACAAAAAGUAUUUUGCACUUGGUUUAUUGUAUCACUACAACAAGCAAGAUGCUGCUGCUGUCCAGAUUUGGGUAAGAAUAGUGAACGGUGAGCUUGAAGACCACACUCGUCCAGACCUGUUUGAGUAUAUUGUGGACUUCCUGACUUUCUCCAAUGACCAGCAUCUGGUGUGGCAGUAUGCAGACUGGGUUUUGCAGAAAAGUGAGCAGGUCGGGGUUCAGAUUUUUACCAAACGCUCUUCAGAAGAACAGUUGCAGAAUGGCUUCUGUCCUGAUAAGAUUGUCAGCCAUCUCUGCAAGUACUGCAAGGCUUUACUUAUCUAUCUGGAACAUUUAGUCAUAGAAAAGAAUAUUCAGAAAGAGAAAUACCAUACACACCUAGCUGUGCUGUAUCUUGAAGAAAUCCUGCGACUGAAUAUAGCAGAGUCUUCAGACAACAUGGCUGAGCUGGAAGAUCUGCGUCAGAGGUUUCAGAACCUUUUACAGCAGUCAGAUCUGUAUCGGGUUCUCCUGCUUAUAGAUAAGAUUAAAGGCACAGAUAUGCAUAAGGAGCGGGCGAUAUUACAUGGGAAGCUGGAGGAACAUGACCAGGCUUUAAAUAUCUUAGUUCAUCAAUUGAAAGACUUUGCUUCAGCUGAGAACUAUUGUAUGUGGAACUCUCGGGGCAGGGAUAACCAUUAUCGUAAAAGACUUUUCCAGCUGCUUCUUUCUUCCUACCUCACACCGUCCACAGCUGACAAUUCCCUGACUGUGGCUGCUGUCGACCUGUUGAAUAACCACCCUACAGAAUUUGAUGCUUCCAGCGUGCUCCAGCUAUUACCAGAAAACUGGUCUGUGCAGCUUCUUUCUCCAUUCCUAGCUGGGGCAAUGAGGGAGCAUGUUCAUUCACUGAGGAUGUCCCAGGUGGCAGUAGGACUUGCUAAAGCAGAGAAUAUCAUUUAUAAGAAAGAGAAGUUGAAUAUGAAGGAGAAGCCAGUAAUUCUUUCAGAGAAGAAAUUCUGCCAUUUGUGCCGGAAGCCAUUCCAAGAACCGGCCUUUGUCAGAAGCCCCAAUGGGCAUAUUGUCCAUACCCAUUGUGCUGCCAGCCAGCAUGUAAACAGCAGCAUUGAUGGCCACAGGUCCAACCCUAGUAAACGAACUUGAGAUGACAUCAUUGAGCUGGAAAUGCUUGCUCUAAAUUCUCAUAAGAUCUCCUUGGAGGAGACCUGUCCAUAUGAUGUAAUGAAAACAGUUUUUCAACAUUUAUGAAGGUAAAAGUGAGACAUCAUCUGGCUUGGAAUGAUGCGAAGUUCAGGGAGAUUGUGAGGCAUUUAUAAUGCAGUCUUUUGAACAAUGAUGAACAUCAUUGGAAUCAAUAUAUUGAUCUUAAUCAAAUAAAGCUUUUUGCAUUUUUAAAGGUAUUUGCACUGAAGAUAUUUUGCAUAUGCUGUGAUGGAGGUAUUAAAAACAUUCUACCUUUGGCUUAUUCAUGUUUGGAAAAAAUCCUGUAUGUAGUCAUAAGUAACUCCGGUGGAGGUGAUUUGUUGGCAUAGUCCAUUCUGGAUGUCAUAUUUUUUUAUUGUACCACUUCAGAUGAAACCAUGAUUGCUCAGAACAUUCCACAGGAUGUGGUAAACUGUACCAUUAGUUCUUUUAUGUUUACCUCACCUUUUUGCUUAUAAAAUUAAAAUCUAGAAAUAUAAUGAGAUACCUCAUCUACCGAAAAUAUUAAACCCAUUAUGCCUGGGCACCCAGAAUAUAAAAUAACAAAGGGGACUCACCUUCCUCCUCUGCCACCGCCAUCUUCUUCCUGGUUUGGCCGUGGUCAACACAUCACAAAGCUGCAAAUCGCUGGCCACACUGAUGUUCCACCUCGGCCAGCUAUAGGCCAAGCUGCAGUGUUAUGCAUCGCGCCCAAGCGACCAAUACCAUGGCUCACUGACGUUCAGCCUAUCACCGGCUGAGGUGGGACAUCGCUGUGGUCGGCGAUUUUUUGACCAUCUUCGUGAUGCGCUGACCACGGUCAGACCAAGAAGAAAACAGUGGCGGAAGAGCGGAGCCAGAUACCGAGACACCAAGGGAGCGGCAGCAGGUGAGUCUCUCUUUUUCUAGAUGAGAAAUCUCCGUUUAAAAGCGAUUUCAUUGUAAUAACAAAAAAAAAUAAUCAUAAUUGAUUGUAAAUGUCUUUCUUUUUACACCUUUGUUAAUUGGCUUUCUUCAAAAUUUUAAUCUGCAUAAUCUUGAUGGGCACCAUGCCUUUUUUCCUUCAGCCAUGUAAUAGUAGUACAGCAUGGGUGAUUAUAACAGAUCCGCAUAUCAUUGAAGCUGUAAAGCGGCACACUGGGGAAAUAUUGUGGUUUUAAGAACAUUUCUCAACCAAUGUAUGCAUGUUGUAAUGAUAGCAACUUUUGGCAACAUUUGUUUCUUUUGUUUCCCAAGCACCAAUAAUAUAACCCUCUUCUGAUUCCGUUUUUGAGGGUACAAUUAUUAUACCUCUAUAUUUGUUUGUGUCUGGCAUACAGUUUGAGGUCUAUACUAUGUAUGUACAUUCUGAAUCAUGUGCAGAAUUUUUUUUCUCCCUCAGAAUUUAUUUUACUUUGAAAAGCAUUUGUCAAGCAUUUAUAUGUUCCAUAUGAAACAUAAGUAUAUUCGCAAGCAAUUGUGCUGGAAGGAAAAAUCAUUGGUUCAAAUAGUCUUGAUCUAAAAGGAUUGCAGAAAUGUGGCAUCAAGUUAAUGUGUUUAUGAACUAUGCCAUUCCCAGAGCCUAGAAUAUGUAAGAAAAAGCGAAAGAAAAAAAAUGUAAUAAAUUCUUAUUUC